UCGUGUUCAUGUCAGCCUGAUCUGGCCCAUACUAGACCACCCGGUCCAUAUGUGACGGGUGCUGAUCCUCCCCUCCAGCGACGUGCGACGCCCGAGUCUCUUCUUGACGCUUCAACGCAGCCAUGGCGAAUUCUCUGUUUCGCAGCCUUCGAAGAGCUUCUUCUCUUCUCAAAAUUCCAUAUUCUGCUUCGAUAUCUCUCAGGUCAGUUGUCAGAACUCAAACACCGACUUGCUAUCCAUUUAAACAAUUUAUCCCGCUCGAGCAGCAAACCCCUGCAUCUGUUUACAGAAACUUCAGCCAUGGUUCUGUUAACCUUGUGAUAUCGGGGGGGAAAACUAAGUUCGAAACUCACGAGGUUGACCCUCCAAAGAAAGAGAAAUGGAAGACCAAAAAGAGGUUGAAGCAACAGAGGAAGAGAGAGAAGCAGAAGAGAAAAGCGGCAAAUAAGAAGGACCCUCGUCGGCUUGGUGUCAAGGGGAAGAAGAAGCAGAAGUUCGCCGAUGCAGAAGAGAGAAUCAAGUACAAGAUUGAAAAAGCCAAAAUUAAGGAAGCAAUGCUUAUUGAAAGACUCAAGCGAUAUGAAAUUCCCAGAGUUCAGGGCCCUUUGGCAAAACCUGAUGGCUUGACUGGGGAAGAACGAUUUUAUUUGAAGAAAAUGGCUCAGAAAAGCACUAAUUAUCUACAAGUUGGAAGAAGAGGAUUAUUUGGAGGUGUAAUUCUUAAUAUGCACAUGCAUUGGAAGAGACAUGAGACUGUUAAAGUCAUUUGCAAGCCCUGUAAACCCAGCCAAGUGCAUGAGUAUGCACAGGAAAUUGCCAGAUUGAGUGGUGGCAUUCCAAUUCAUAUAAUUGGAGAGACACUCAUAUUUUAUCGAGGAAAGAACUAUGUACAGCCUGAGGUUAUGUCGCCAGUAGAUACAUUAUCCAAGAAAAAGGCACUUGAAAAAUCCAAGUAUGAGCAGUCACUUGAGUCAGUGAGACGCUUCAUUGCUAUUGCCGAGAAGGAAUUAGAGCUAUAUUAUAGGCACGUUGCACUCUACGGUGACCCAAAUGACCGUAAUCCCUUGUCAAUAUUGGAACGUCCAAGCUGGAACUCACGGAUAGAAGGGAAUCAUGGACUGAAUGAAAAGAGAAAUUUCGAUUCAAGAAGUGAUAGCGUUUCAACAGAUAUGUCGGACACGGAAGCUGAUUCCACGGAUGUAAAAUUAUGGGAAACUGAAGAUAAUUUUGAAGAUGGACGUUUAUCAAUUAGCGAAUCAGAUUCUGAAGAAGACUGCUUAUCGGAUUUCAAAGGUGAAGAAAGAGGGGCUUGUUAUACUAAAAUGGAAGUUGCCAGAGUAGGCACCUCCCCGAGUUCAUUAUCAAUGUCCAAACACAGCUACCAUUACAAUAAUCUUAGUUUAUUAUCCAGAGAAAUUCCAACCACAAGAGAUUGAUUAUAUGUUGUAUUUCUUUCUUCUUCUUUUUUAGUAAUUCCAUUUGCUUAAUCUGGAGGGCAGCGGCUUUUGCGAAAUUGUAACGAGGGUUUGUCUUUCUUUUCUUUUCCUUUCAUUGUGGGGAGAGGUAACAAAAUAGUAUUCAUGGUAUGCUAUGUCUGUACCUCACUUUCGUCAAAGAAUUAGAAAAAUUCCCCGUGCAUUUGUAUAGAAGAAUCCGAGCGUUCUUUUUGAAA